UCAUCGCAGCUCCGCGCCAGUCGCGCAGCAGUGUUUCAUCGGGAGUGUUUGGAUAUUCUGAAUCUUCGCAUAUUUUUGGUUUUAUAUCUGUUUAUUUCCGCGCGUUUCUGUGUUCGUGGAGCCGCAGAGAUGAAUCUGGAGUUGCUCGAGUCGUUCGGGCAGAAUUAUCCAGAGGAGGCUGAUGGGACUCUGGACUGCAUCAGUAUGGCUCUGACCUGUACGUUUAACCGCUGGGGGACGCUGCUCGCUGUCGGCUGCAAUGAUGGACGCAUCGUUAUCUGGGACUUCCUGACCAGAGGAAUCGCCAAAAUCAUCAGCGCACACAUACACCCUGUGUGCUCACUCAGUUGGAGUCGGGAUGGUCAUAAGCUGGUCAGCGCCUCCACUGAUAAUAUCGUCUCUCAGUGGGACGUCCUUACAGGAGACUGUGACCAGCGCUUCCGCUUCCCCUCUCCCAUCCUCAAGCUUCAGUACCACCCCCGAGACAUGAAUAAGGUUCUGGUGUGUCCCAUGAAGUCUGCGCCGGUCCUACUCACGCUGUCCGACUCCAAACACGUGGUUCUGCCCGUGGAUGACGACUCAGAUCUGAAUGUUGUGGCGGCGUUUGACCGACGCGGAGAGUAUAUUUACACCGGCAACGCCAAGGGGAAGAUUCUUGUUCUAAACACGGACACUCAGGAUCUGGUGGCGUCCUUCAGAGUGACCACAGGAACCAGUAACACCACCGCCAUCAAGUCCAUCGAGUUCGCUCGCAAGGGCAGUUGUUUCCUCAUCAACACAGCGGAUCGAAUCAUUCGGGUUUACGACGGCCGAGAGAUCCUGACCUGCGGCAGAGACGGAGAGCCCGAGCCUAUGCAGAAACUGCAGGACCUGGUCAACAGGACGCCGUGGAAGCGCUGCUGUUUCUCCGGUGACGGCGAGUAUAUCGUGGCGGGUUCUGCACGUCAGCAUGCGCUCUACAUCUGGGAGAAGAGCAUCGGCAAUCUGGUGAAGAUCCUGCACGGCACACGAGGAGAACUGCUGCUGGACGUAGCGUGGCACCCGGUGCGGCCCAUCAUUGCCUCCAUCUCCAGCGGUGUGGUCUCCAUAUGGGCUCAGAACCAAGUGGAGAACUGGAGCGCUUUCGCACCGGAUUUUAAAGAGCUGGACGAGAAUGUGGAGUACGAGGAGAGAGAGUCAGAGUUUGACAUCGAGGACGAGGACAAGAGUGAACCAGAGCAGACGGGAGCGGACGCAGCAGAGGACGAGGAGGUGGACGUCACAUCAGUCGACCCCAUUCCUGCGUUCUGCAGCAGUGACGAGGAGCUGGAAGACUAUAAAGCGCUGCUGUAUCUGCCGAUCGCCCCGGAAGUCGAGGACCCAGAGGAGAACCCGUUCGGCCCCCCACCCGACGCCACAGCUCAGAACGCCAGCACUGACGACGGUUCCGCUCACACCGGCCCCGGAGACAAAAAACGACACCCAUCAGCGGACGGAGCACCACCGAAGAAGAAGAUCCGCACCACCACCAUUGAGCUGCAGGGCGUCCCGAGCGACGAGGUGCACCCGCUGCUGGGCGUGAAGGGCGACAGUAAGUCGAAGAAGAAGGCGGCGGGACGACCCAAGGGAUCUAAAGGUAAAGACAAAGACUCUCCGUUCAGACCCAAAGUCAGCCGGGACAGAGUAGAGGGGCUGGGGACGCCAGGAAAUCUGGUUGCAGCGGUGUACAAACAGCACGAGGUGCAGGGUCUGGAAUGAAGCUGAAGGCCAUUGGCGCCCCCUGUUUGAGUGGAUGAAUGACUUUUUAUGAACUCUAUGGACUGGAAUUGUUGUAUUAUUUCAGAAGGACUUUAACGCCACAACCGAUUGUACGGUUUCCACACAUAGAGAGAGUGACAGAAAGAAGGAAGCAUGUUUUUUUUAUUAUUUUAUAUCUAGAAUAGAUGGAUCUGUCUCAGUCUGCAAGCACUAGUUGGGUCAUAGAUGUAUUUGUUUUGUGUUUUUUUUUCUGUGAGCUCUCUUGACUGGUCUUUUUUUUUAUAAAUAUUAAAACAGUUUGUUUUUUGA